ACGCACGUCCACGCUGUCGCGCUGUCGCUGCGACACCCGAAGAUGACGCAUUUGCGCUAGUGAAGCCGUUGCGCUUUCUGCCCGCAUUUUCGCAACCCUUGUCCGCGCAGCUUACUGUUACCGCUCAACUCACCGCCAUGGGCAGGAGGCCGAAUCAGCUGAUUCUUGAGUACUUUGAACGCGGUCCGAAGCUCGAAGACGCCAGCAAUCGCUAUCAGCACACGUGCAAAUCAUGCGGUGAGAAAUUUCCCAAAGGUCGUAUAGACAGCCUCACGAACCACCUGGUUAAAAAAUGCCCGGCUUUACCUUUGCGCGACCGCCAGCGGGCGCUGCUGCAAUUCCACGAGCUGCCCCUCCCGGAUAACAUGGCGCAGACCGCUGCACAUACGACCGGGCCAGUGCACAAUGGACAGAAGGUCAAUCUUUCCUUUCCGCCCUCGAAGCAGCUGUCAGCGCUUGAGACCCUUGCAGAGGUAUCGCGUCAACAUCUGGACCUCUCUGGCAAGCGUCCGAUCGAUCAGCAGCACCAACAUCAGCAACAGCAGCGAGUGCCACCUCAGCAGCAGCAGCAGCAGCAGCAUGUCCACCACAAUGCUGGGCAGGGAGAGCUGCUAGACGAAUGGAUACAGGACGAUAGAACGGAAGGCUCCGACCUGAGUAGCUUGACUCAUGCCAUGGACAUGUCUGGCGCGCCAGCCCUCCCGUCCAUGUAUCAGUUCCAUGGCCCUUUGCACCAUUCACCUACCAAUUCGCCUCAUAUGAGCAACAUGCCUCUUUCGAGUUCGGGAUCCAUGGCGCAGAUGGUUCCAUCACUUGUCAUGGCAGCAUCUGCAGCUAACGACCUUAUGCCACUGGCGAGCGGUAUGAACAUGGACUCGGACCUAAAUCUGUCACACAACGGCAUGGGCUUUCAACGCCAACAAUGGCCUAAUCUCCAGCCUCAUCCUUUGGAUCCUUUGCUGCAAGAUCAUAGCAAGGACCAGUUGAUGCCCAAGGAUGACAGUUCUUCAAAGUUUGUACAGCCACGGCCAAUCGCGAUGAACCCAAAUACCCAGACGCACUUUACGACCGAUUUCAGUAUUCAUCAGAAGCCUGCAAAGCCCAAAGUAAGAGGCCGUUUCACUGAUAGUAGAAGAAAGGAAGUACAGGAGGUACGGAAACGAGGCGCAUGCAUUCGAUGCCGCAUGUUGAAGAAGCCUUGUUCCGGCGAUAAUCCGUGUAAUACGUGCCAGAACGUCGAAAGUGCGCGUCUAUGGAAACAGCCCUGCAUACGAACACGUAUAGCUGAAGAGUUCAAUCUCUACUCAGCCGGCCUGCACGGUGUUUUGGCAUAUCAUGCCACCAGCCAAGCUAAAGGUCAAAUACGCCUCGAUCAGACUCCUGGUCGCAUAGAAGCCUCUCACCACCCUGACUCUGGUAUAUUCUCCACCUUCACGCCUCUCAAAUGCCAUCAGGCACAAGCAGCUCAAAAUACCGACAUUGAUCCCGCAAUUUUCGCCGCUGUUAGCACACCGGAUCUUGAGCUCAUAGACGGGGAGGAUGAUAUCAGUGGGAAGUUAGACCUAUACAUGAAGAAGAUAGGUCCUCAAUUCCUUCAAUCGGAGGAUUCGGUAUUUAUGAAGGUAACGCAGCAAACUGUGUCAAGGCUGGCUUCGCCAAAUCCGGAUGGUCUGUUGGCCAAGGUGACAGAGCUCUGGCACUACACACGGAUACUCACAUCCCGUAGCCUACACUGGCACCUCUUUUCAAAUCCAGCUCUCCCACCCACACUCUCAGCGCCGACCCUAUCCUCAUCCGACAUGGAAGACGCCGCUCGCUCCGCAAUUACAGAGCUCGACCAUCCCUCGUCCUACAGCCUGAUCAAGAUGCAACUCAUGGGAGCCACUGAAAAGCGCGCCGCAUGCGUAGCCCGUAUUGUAAUGAACGAUCUCGAGCGGCGCCUCCUGCAACGCCAACAAGCCAAUCCCUUCGAAACUUUCCUUGUCGCUGUCAUUCUCCUCGCCAGCGUAGAACGAAUGUGCUGGCUCUUCCGUGCCUGGGAAGUGCCCGCAGCGUCCGAACCCUCGCACACCGACCAUGUAUCAAAAGUAGACGACGAUCUCGCGUCAGCUUUGCAGUCCCCACCUCCGUCAGCUUUGAACGCGCAGUCCGCUGCUCGGCACCCCAAGUGGCCGCUCGACAAGCCCGCGGCGUCAUUCUCUCAACAGGGCGAAAGGUUCAGCGAUAUUCUGAACAUGCUGCUGAAAAUGCGUGGUGUGCCGCCAAAGCCAAUCCCGCGUAGUACAGAUGGGAUGCUGGUUAUGUGGGGCGAUGAUGUUCAAGAGUCGAUCAGAGAAUGGUACGAAGGCAUUGCUGUUACGACGCAGACGCUAGAAGAGAAGGCCAAUGCAAAGUUUGUGGGCGAGGAUCCGGCGGAGUGGGAGUUGAAGUUUGUUGGAAAGAUCAUCCGUGGCGACUAGCAGCCAGGACCUAAAAGCUUACACCUAUCGUGUUGUAUCUGGGGAACGAACAGUCAGAGCAAAGAGGACCUGGGCGGCCAUCUGUU